GAUAUGGCGGCGGAGCGGCACGCAUCUACGUUGGUGGCUGGCGGCGCUGACUGGCUGAUGCGGGUGGAGCAUGGUCAGAUGGUUCGUGUAUCCGCCUUUGUUGGUACCGCUGCGCACGCUCGCGGCGAAGGUUCUUGCCCUUGCACCGAUCGAGUGACUGCUGUACAGUAGCGGAUACAGCAGGCGGUCAUCCGCAAUAGAUUUUACUCGUGCCACAAGCAGCGCCGCCAUCUUUUGGUGCACUGGAUAUUCGGCUCCCACCGCGACUGCUAACUAUAUAGGACCCGCCUAGUUGCCAGCGGCUUGAGGACUCGGGGUAUUUUCUAGGAUUAUGUAAAGUACACGCUCCGCAUUGUGGCGCCUUAAUUCGCCGUGUUCGGAACACCCAAAUGAAGAAUGGAUGGUACUAGGUCGCCAACAGCGCUUAUGUAGGCCUACCCGUGAGUGUAUAUGACGACAUCAUCGACGGCGCCGCCACAACGUAACGUCAACAUGGCGCAAGCUACGCUACUGAAUCUGUGGGAAGUGGUGGACGACUACAUUGAGUCGCACAAGGAGGAAAGUGAAUCAUUACCACCGGGCAAUCCGGAUGAGCAGUGGGAAGAUAUUCCUCCAGAACCUGAAUUCAUUGCGAUCCCGCUGCACAUAUCCGACUCAGACGCUAGUGACCUCGAACCGGAACCCGACGCCAGGGAAGAGGAAGCAAGUGUAGAAGUGGAGGACGAUAAACGGGAGGACGCUGAACUAGAGGAGGUGAACGAUGGCGACGACUCGAUGGAGGCUGUCGCGGAGGACGCCGACGAAGACUUUGUCAUCAUUAAGAAACCGCGGUGCGUGUGCGGAAAGGUGUUCACGACGCAGCGCACCAUGAAGAGGCACCAGCGAUCGACGGGACACGAGACGGGCGUGUCGAUACGCGUCGUCUGCCAGUUCUGUGAGAAGAAGUUCACACGGAGGAACUAUCUCAGGAAGCACAUACGACAGCAGCACAACGUCAAUCCAAACUCCAGCAACGUGCAGCUGCUCGAAGAGCUAUCCUACAAUGACGAGGUACCAGUCCAGAGCAGUAAGCGAGGCAUGAAAGAUUUGAAAGUUGGUCGUAGUGGCCGGUCGAAACUCAGGUAUCCGGUAAGGAAGAGGGUAACCUUUGUUGGUCACCAGCAAGCGACUAGUCAAGGUGCCUCACAGCCAAAACAGAAGCUAAAGCAGAAACUACCAAGAGAAAACCUUCCCCUUGUAAACGACAGCAGUAUGAUAACUUCGCCUUCGCAUCUAAAGUUUAGCAAUAAGCCUGCUACAAAUGCAACCAGUGGUGGCAUCAUUGGUUACCAAGGAUAUGCCCUUGUACCUAAAGAGCAACCAAUAGAACCACAGAUUGAGUCAGAAAAUGGCAACUUUUGGGCUGACAUCAAAAUAAAAAGUGAACCACUCGAUUACGAGGAAGAUGAGCAGCAGGAGGAGCUGCAGGAGGAAGAAGAAGAGGAGCAGGAGGAACAAAAGCAGGAGAGCCAACAACUAGAGGAAGACACAGAUGAGGAAGAAAGGACACUGCAAGAGGUUCUCUCUCUUGGGAGGCCAAUCACAGACUCAAAGCCCAUCAGUAUGAUGCAGAGCGACAAAAACGAAAGCGCCGGCCCCGUUAGUGAUAAAGAAGUAGUCGAACAGCAGGGAACUACAUCUCUUGCGACCAACCCUGAAAUCUCGUUACCAGGCUUGAGCUGUCUCACGUGUAAUAAACAUUACGCAUCGAAGAAAAACCUCAAUCGACACAUACGAGAAACGCACGGCGAGAAGACUCUCAUAUGCAAGCUGUGUGGCCUGGGAUUCUCCAGAAAGUAUCACCUGACACGUCACAUGCUGCGCGAUGACCACACAGCGACCAAGGGGCGAAAAUCCGUCGUCGAAAUUUACCAACACUGGGCACCCGAAUUAGAACAGACACAGCCGACGGUGGAAGACAUGGAGCCUGGAUGGCAAUCAUCACUAUAUGCGAGCAACUCUCGCAAUAGUCCAAAACCAGUGCCAGUCAGAAAAAAACAGGUAUCGCUGAAGUCUACCUCAAAGGCGGCUGCCUGGAAACGCUUUCUCUCGAAGAAGUCGGCUAAAUCAAUGACAGGACGUAAACUGAUGGCCAACAAACUAGUGCAAAAGGCUAAGAACAAGUCGAAAUCAGUGAACAAAUACCGGGUUGUGAAACGUAACGCCGAUGCGAAACACGAGAACACCCCGACGUCCGGACAGCACAACAACGCGAAUAGAACAGCUAAAAAGCGGACGUUGCGGAAACAGACAAAGUCGUUGCUGUACCCGUUCGACUGCACAGAGUGCGGCCGAUCGUUCAUGGUCAAGAAGUCGCUCAAGCGACACAUCAAGACAAAGCAUAAGCUGGACCACCUGCAGUGCAAUAUCUGCGGCUAUGUCUUCUCCAGCUCACGCCGGGACAUCCUCGUGAAACACAUGAAGAAGCAGCAUCCGGAUGUGCCGUUAAGCCAAGACCUGCUGGGCAUGUCCAGCGAUAGUCUUAGUGACUCUCCAGACGUUCAGCUACCAGACCUUGAGUACUACCCACAUGACGACUCGGACAAAAGCAACUAGUAGAGUGUAGUGACUUGUGCUUGACGUUUUAAAAUUUAUAUGUAAUUGUGCCAUUUUAUACUAAUAACUAUGUCUAUAAGUUGACAGUUAUUAAAGCUGGAUCACUCUUCCAACACCUAACGCCAAAUUAUGUAAUGCAUUCCUUUGAAGGUGACAAAGUAUUACCCCCGAUGCAGAAAUAAGAAUCGUGCACAAUUUUCCUGUCAGCAUGGAUCAUAAUCCAGAGAUGACAGAUGUAAUUAGAAACUGAUUGCGGACAAAGAAUAAAAAAUGUGACACGGGUUGUAGUCAUAACCUGCCUCACAUUUAUUUUGCAUUAUAGAUGUAAGAAGUGCUUACAAAAUAUGCAGUAUUUCAUUUUAUAAGCCUAUAGACAAUAUAAAUAUGCGUAUGUAUUGUAAGUAUAUAUGAAUGCUAAGUCUGCCUUGCAUUGUCGUACAAGGUCUUUAUUGCAAUAAAGCAAAUAAUAUUUUGUUUAUAAAUAAAUACCAACACAUUUGCUCACGGUA